AUGGGGACCAAGAAGGAUACAAUAUCCAAUGACAGUGUUAAUGAAAUAAAGAAGAAAACCACCUUCUACUAUGAAUGUGCCACCCAACUGGGAGUGUUCUUGGUCUUCAUUGUAGCUGAGGUUCUCAUGUUAGCUGUGAUGGCCUAUGACCGCUAUGUGGCCAUCUGUAACCCCCUGCUCUACAUGGCGGUGGUGUCUCGGCGGAUCUGCCGUCUGCUGGUGUCCCUCACAUACCUCUAUAGCUUUUCCACAGCUGUUGUGGUUCCAUCUUGUGUAUUCUCUGUGUCUUAUUGCUCUUCCAAUGUCAUCAAUCAUUUUUUCUGUGAUAUUGUCCCUCUUUUAGCAUUGUCCUGCUCUGACACUUACUUUGCAGAAACAGUAGUUUUUAUAUCUGCAACUACAGGUUUGUUGUUUUCCAUGACUAUAGUUCUUGUAUCUUAUUUCAACAUUGUUUUGUCCAUUCUAAGGAUACGUUCAUCAGAAGGAAGGAAAAAAGCCUUUUCCACGUGUGCUUCACACAUGGUGGCAGUCACAGUUUUCUAUGGGACACUACUAUUCCUGUAUGUGCAGCCUCAAACUAACCAUUCAAUGGAUACUGAUAAAAUGGCCUCCGUGUUUUAUAGACUGGUGAUCCCCAUGCUGAACCCUAUGAUCUAUAGCCUGCGGAAUAAGGAUGUGAAGGCUGCCGUAAAGAGAUUUCGGACAAAUUCAUGGUGUUCUUUUAAAUCAAUGUGGUUUUAG